AUGCAAUUUGUGAAAGAAACUUGUGAUAAUUUCACUGUGCCUGAUGUUCUAUUGUGCAUGAUUUCUAGUGGGGGUACAGUUGCUGGUUUGGCUCUCGGAUCAUGGCUGAGUAAAUUAAAAGCAAAAGUUCAUGCAUUCUGUGUAUGCGAUGACCCUGAUUACUUCUAUGACUAUGUUCAAUGCCUGCUUGAUGGACUCCAAGCUGGCGUUUGCUCACGUGAUAUAGUUAACAUUCAAAAUGUGAGCACUUAA